GAAAGUAUAGUACCAUACCACCGUACAUCGGCCUCGUCAUUUCUUCUUCACCAUAUUUCUCUCUCUCUCUCUCUGUCUCCAAAUUUAUCCGCUGCUUUUCGUUUCAUCAGACGAUGAAUCGAGGUGGAAGGACCCCAAACGUUGGGGGUAGAAGAGGCCGAUCUUCACGUUCCGGUGGCAAUUCUGUUAACCGUCAAACACCUGCUGAUUGCAAGGACGAAUAUUUUAAUCUACCGAGAGCUCAGAGGGGACAAACCUCAGAUACAGGGACAGAGAACAAGAGUUUAUCACCAUUUAAUCUUUCAUCUGUUGUUGGUACUUCCUGCAUGGCGAAUGAGGCGUCACUGCCUGUUGAAUCGGGCAUUAAAAAUGGGUCAUUUAAAGAGGGAAACCUUUGUGAGCAGAAUUCUCAUGAGAAAACAGGUGGAACCGCCAUAUCAGAGAGUUCUGAUAGCCUGCCUGUGGGAGUUCCCUUUGACAUCUGCCAAGAGAAAACUGAAACUCUCAUCAGGCUAAAAGCUCCUCUUCAUGUCAGGAACAGAGAAAAAAGGAUUGAAAUUAAGCGCACCAUGGAAGGGCAAAACAUCAGUAUAUUGAGACCUGGGAUGGUUCUUCUAAAGAGUUACCUCUCCUGCAGAGAUCAGGUCAGCAUAAUUAAAACAUGUCGGGAGCUUGGCCUUGGUACUGGAGGUUUCUACCAGCCUGGUUACCGCGACGGAGCCAAGCUGCAUUUGAAGAUGAUGUGCCUUGGUAAGAAUUGGGACCCUGAGACGAGUAAGUACAGUGACCACAGGUCAAUUGAUGGCGCUAAACCACCUAUUAUUCCUGAUGAAUUCCAUAAGUUAGUUAAAGGAGCAAUACAAGAUUCCCAUUCAUAUUUGAAAAAGCAGUUGAAUGCAAGAAAUGUAGAAGGAUCUCUUCCCUCAAUGUCGCCGAACAUCUGCAUUGUCAAUUUUUACACGAGCAGUGGCAGGCUUGGUCUCCAUCAGGAUAGAGAUGAAAGCACAGAGAGUCUUCGUAGAGGACUAGCUGUGGUCUCUUUCUCUAUUGGUGACUCUGCUGAGUUCUUAUAUGGUGAUCAGAGGGACAUUGACAAAGCGGAGAAAGUCACAUUGGAAUCAGGAGAUGUGUUAAUAUUUGGAGGGAAAUCUAGGCAUGUAUUUCACGGGGUGACUGCCAUUCAUCCAAACACUGCUCCUAAGGCUAUGCAGGAAGAAUCAAAUCUCCGCCCUGGCCGUCUGAAUCUUACUUUUAGGGAAUAUUAACAAUCUUCCAGGUUCACUAAUCUUCCAAUAUGUUUGGAGACUUUCACUUAUAUGUAUAAAUUUGAAGAAUGUUCGAACAUGUUUGUACAUCCGAUUAGUCCAGAUGUACAUUACCCAUCCUGGAAGACUUUCACUAAUCUUCCAAUAUGUUUGGAACUUU